UGGAUUCGUCACCACUCCCUUCCCGCGCUGUCUCCCGCGCGCUCGCGCGUUUGGAAGCUACUCGCACCUUCCCGGUAGCUCCACGGCCCACGACGUUUGGAAUAAUUUAAUUGAAAAAACAGAGCCCCCCGCGCGUGCUCUGCUGGAACGGAAAAGACUGCAUACCUUCAAGCUUCAUCCCGCUUUCAAAAGGAAAAAACAAAAAGCUUCAUCCCGGGCUAGCACAAGGCUAUCAUCCUGCCACAACUCCAUCCCCGUUGUCUCCCAUUGCCUGUAUCUCCCCGCUCACAUCUUGCUAAAAUUCCAUUUCCAUCUGCUUGCAGAGUACCUCAACUCUUUGACGACCUCACUACUGGGAUCGCAGGGCUUGGUUGUUCUGAAGUGUGCCACUCUUGCGCCCCGUCUCCGUUCAUUCAGAUUCGCGCGUCUUCGUCUCUUCGCUCUCUCCAGCCGCGCCGUACACCGGCAAGCCGCCAUGUACAAUACACAUUCUCUGUGCGGACGGCCAACAGCACGGGAGGAAAGCACAGAUCAAUAUCGUCACCUAACUGAACAAACCGGUGCUGUACCAACGGAUCCUUCUCAACGCAAACGUUACCGUGAUCGGGUUAGGUAUAUGCAGAUGAGGCCACAACAGAGAGAAGCUUAUUUGAAAAGGAAUCGUGAGUACAAACGAAUCAAGCGAGGUGACAGUGCAAUUAGUAAGACUGUGCAGCCCGUAAGAGGGGAGGCCAGUAUGAGUACCAAUGAUAACACACACUUGCCAACUGAAUCUUCUACGACGACAGAAGGGAAAGAAGUAGCUGUGACUAUGUUACAAGAACAAGAAAGCCUUCCAUUUUCAGGUUCUAUGACACACAGUUCAGGGGUCCAUCAAAGUAGGUGUCUGACAAAAAGGAAACGAGGUUGAUAAAAAUAUAUUAAUUCAGUACUAAUACAUUUCUGUUUACUAAUAUUACAGACUAAUUUGUUUGUUGUAAUGUCAAAAACAGUGACAACAGUCGA